UUUCUUCUUUCGCCUGGAUUCUCCAUGUUGUUGGAGAAAAAGUGAGGGCUUUACCUAGACUAGAGGGGGCUAGGGAUAAAUAUACAAGCGAUAACGUAAACUGAGACUCAAAGGCUACAGAAUAGCAGAUAAGAAACAACAAAACAAAGUGUCAUGCCCCUCCCAUGUGGAAGAGAAUAGAAGGCGGGAAUAAAUAAAUAAGAAAAUUAUUGUCGCCGUCGGUUUGAGAUCGUUUUUGCGCGGACGGAAAUUAUUCAUUUCCAGCAUCGCUAGCUAUUAAUGCCACUAAAUGCGGACCGACUGUUUGUGGCUGGAAAAGGCUGGUUGGACGUUAAGGGUUGUGCGUUUGUUAGAUGGAAAGUUCUAUUAUCACUCAAGUGCAGAGAGAGGAUUCUCGGUCGCCUUCGAAAACAGAUCAGGUGAAUAAAACCUCGCCCAAGAAACCUGGAAGUCGGAACAUCUUCAAAAAGCUUAUCUGUUGCCUUCGAGCACAAGAUGCCCAACUGCCAGCUUCACCUACCCAUGAUGCCUUGCUAGCACCUGAGGAAAAUGGGACCAAUGCCAAAAUACCAGGAGAGUGUCUUCUACCAGCAGUGACCUCUCAGGACCAGGGGAAAAUCUGUGUUGUUAUAGAUCUGGAUGAAACACUGGUGCAUAGCUCCUUUAAGCCAAUAAGCAAUGCAGAUUUCAUUGUGCCUGUGGAGAUUGAGGGGACCACACACCAGGUGUAUGUGUUGAAGCGGCCGUAUGUGGAUGAGUUUCUUCAGAGGAUGGGAGAACUGUUUGAAUGUGUUCUGUUCACUGCCAGCCUUGCUAAGUAUGCAGACCCAGUGACUGACCUGCUGGAUCAGUGUGGUGUAUUUCGGACACGGCUGUUUCGUGAAUCUUGCGUGUUCUAUCAAGGCUGCUAUGUUAAAGACCUGAGUCGCCUCGGCCGUGAGCUCCAGAAAACCUUGAUCCUGGACAACUCCCCUGCCUCGUACAUCUUCCACCCUGAAAACGCUGUUCCUGUGUUGUCCUGGUUUGAUGAUGCAGAGGACACUGAGCUGCUUCACCUCAUCCCAGUAUUUGAAGAGUUAAGUCAAGCUGAUGAUGUCUGCAGCAGACUAGAACAACUCAGGGCUCCAUAAUCCCUACACACUGUCAGACCAGGGCAAACCUCCAUGUUGUGUUGCACUGACUGUCAAUCACACACAAGCAGCUCAUAUGACAGCAGACUCCGCCCUCUGACCUAAAAACAUAAACACAAAAGCUCAUAAUCUACUGAAGACGGAGAAUUGUGCGGUUCUGUUACUUGAUCCGUGUGACCUUCAGCAAUUUGGGGUGAAAAAUAUUUUUGUCAGUGGCUGACUCUGUCAUAAAGCCUUUUGCAAUAAUUAUUUACCAAUUUUGUAUGAAUUUUUUUACUUGUUUAUGUUUUUUACAUUUUAAUUACAUUUUUGGGAGAUUAAACCAGAUGCUGUGGAACAGGAUGAUAUACAGUGUUUAAUCAAAUCCAUGUACUGUGGUAAACGGCUCAGCAAAUGCUUCAAAGCACAGUAAACAUUCGGGCCAAUCUCUCUAUGCAAGUUCUGCCUGAACUCACCAUUACACAGUUUGUUUUCAUCUUUAUUGAUUCAUCAUAAUCAUACUUUAAAUAUUUUCUUUUAAGUGUGUUUUUUAUGUAUUCCAGACUCAUGCCACAGGAAUUGUGAAAUGGCAUAAGUGGGAUACAUAUCGUAACCUUUCAACAUGCUAUGCAUAUUUUUUUUUCUUUAAACACAUAUGUUGAUACACUAUUCAGUCUUAUUCCUUUAUAAUGGCCUUUUUUUAUGUGUCACUGCGGUGCAUUAAUGUAACUUAAUGAAAUACCUGUUUUUACACUGUUUCACGUGUAUUACAAGCACGUACUGUUUAUUUGCUUUUGAUAUUUACUGUAUUUAUCUUAAAGUGGCCUUAUCUCUGCUUCAGAUCUACUUGAUAAGAGUUUUGUUAUACUUGAGAGGCAGAAUUAACACCACACAGAUUGAACCAAAGAAAUGUACGUUGUUAAGUUCAUAUCAUAUGUUCGUUGAGGGUUUACACCAUGCUGUAUUGUGAAACUUAUGCUGUCAUCUAUGUGUAUAUUUGGUUGAAACUUGAAAUGUCCCUUCACCUCUUUGUUUCAUCUUAUAAUAUUAUUUAAACAUGAUUAGUUGUUUUUUUAUAGCACAAGUAUUAAAAUGGCCAUUUUAUAAUUACAGCAAAAUGUUUAAAGGGUGAAAAUGAUAUGCCCUGAUAUGGUUUGCGUUCAUGUGAUAUUUGACUUUUAUACUGCAGACAAUAAAUUUUCUGGACAACCUUAUGAAAA